AUGGGACCUGGGGUCCAAGCAUGUCCUGCACCAUUGCCCUACUCAGACAUCUAUGGCAGCCCCAGUCAGAGCCCGGCAGCCAAAGCAGAGAAAGAGCAGCUGUCUCCAGCCUUCUCAGCAGAGGACUGCAAGCCCUCAAGCAGAACCAACACAGGAGGGGGUGUGAACAGCAGCCCCAGCGAGGAGCCACGCCUUCCGAAGCGCCGGCCCCCCUCUUCUGGGAGGCAGUUCCCUUGUUCCAGCUAUGGCUGCCGGCUGGCCUUCCCCAACCCUCGGGAGCUUGCUCAGCACCUGCACAGUCACUUGCAACCCACCCAGUCCAUGGAAGGGAAAGUGUUUCACUGCUCAGCCCCAUGCUGUCCAGAGACCUUCCCCAGCAUGCAGGAGCUGAUGGCCCACACCAAGCUGCACUACAAACCCAACAGAUACUUCAAGUGUGAAAAUUGCCUUCUCCGCUUCCGGACUCACCGCUCCCUAGUCAAGCACCUACACGUCUGUUCAGACCAGACCCCCAGCCCGGCCCCACCCCCAGCCCCCCUGCCCCCAGCCCUGGAGAAGGAGCUGCCUGAUGCUCAGAGACCAACUGGCCCCAGCCCUGACAAGGCCCCUGACCCUGACCCUGGAUCCUUGUCCCAGGGGCCCAUUCCCUCUACUGGAUGCCUCACUCUAUGGCUCUGCUGCACUGCCCUCCUCCGCCUCCGUCCCUUCCUGCCCUCCCAGGCCCAGGGUCUCCCUAGCUCUGGCCCUGGUUCAAGCUCCAACACUAAUGCAGCUGUCUGGAAAAAGAAUCAGGGUGCCAGCGGCAGCCCACGGAGGCCCCCUGGGAGCUCUGAGGGGCCUACAGGUCAUUCUUCUACCAGCCGAAUUGUAUGGGAGCACACCAGGGGCCGCUACACUUGCAUGCAGUGCCCCUUCUCCACGGCCUCCAGACCCGCCAUGACGCUUCAUUUGGAGGACCAUCGAAAGACUCCACCGCCAGCCCCACCGCCCCAGCCCCCAUCACCCUCAACUCCCCCUCAACUGGAGGCUCAGGGGGGCCCAGUCUGGUCACUGGAACCCACUCCUGGAUCAUCAAGUGGUCCUCCUUCACUCACCUCUCAGUCACCCAGGACCCAGGGCCCCCCAGCCUCAGGGGAGGACUGGGAUCUAUAA